GUUUAUAGCAAGAUAGAACAUGUUUACUCAAUGAAUGUUGUUGAUGUGAACCUGUAGUUGUUGGAAGUCCUCCAGUGAUUACUACAGAUGGGUUUGAUCAUUCAGGAGGGCUUCAUCUACAGUGUGAAUCUGAAGGUUGGUAUCCUGAACCUGAUCUUGAGUGGCUGGACAGUGAAGGAGUCAGUUUAAGUUCAGAAACUAUAGAGACACACAGAAACACAGACAGAUUCACUGUGAAACACACCAUUACUGUACAUCAGAGUGUCGGCAAGAUUCACUGCAGAGUCAAACUGAAGCAUCACAUGUUGGAGUCACUGAUAAUCACCUCAAGUAAAAUGUUUCAUUCUUGGAGGACAUCAGUAAUCCUGAUUUCAUUUGCAGCUGUGAUCCUUGUGAUUGCCGGAACACUGAUAGUUGUGUUUGUUCAUAAAAACAGAGAAUUAUCUUCAGAACACAAUCAACUAGAGAAUGCCAAGAAAGCAAUACAAUAUGAUCACGAUCAAUUGCAGAAUGAGAAAACGAUGAUACAAGAUGAAUUCAAUCAGCUAAAGGAUGACAAUAAGAAAAUGCAACAAGCAAAUGAACAUCUACAGAACGAGAACAAGAAAAUACAACAUGCACACAAUCAUCUAGAGAAUGAGAAUAGUAGAAUCCAAUAUGAAUCUUCUUCAGAACGUGAAGAACUUUUGAGAAGGCAAAAGAUGAUUAUAACACAAGUGAUCACGCAUUUAAGAACACACUCUGUGGAUGUGAUUCUGGAUGCUGCAACAGCUCAUCCACGUCUCAUAGUGUCUCAGGAUGGGAAACAAAUGCAAGAUGGAAAAACACAAGAAGAAAGAAUGGAUGCAAAUGAAGCACAAUAUGACAAGUUUGAUGAAUAUCUUGGUGUUCUUGGGAAGGAUGGAUUCUCCUCAGGAUGUUUUUACUAUGAGGUGCAAGUGAAGGGACAGACUAAGUGGGAUUUAGGAGUGACCAGAGAAUCUGUCAACAGGAAGGGAUUAACCAGUUUGUGUCCUAUGAAUGGAUACUGGAUAAUCGGUCAAAGAGAUGAGACAUAUUGGGCUUAUGAGUCUCCACGUGUCUUUCUGUCCAUGAGGGAAAAGCCUCAGAGGGUUGGUGUGUUUGUGGAUUAUAAGGAAGGUCUCGUCUCUUUUUAUGAUGUGGAGUCCAUGUCUCAUAUUCACUCUUACAGCAGUCAGUCUUUUAAUGAUAAACUCUAUCCAUUUGUUAGCUUGGGGGAUUUGUGUAAUGAAAACCCCACACCAUUGAUCAUUCCAUGAUGAUUACUAAUGGGAUGAGUGACCAAAUUCAAUACAAAGUGUAAUAGCAAUAAAUAAUGCAAUUUAUUUACAUUACCAUUACAAGAUUUUUAUUGAUCAAAUUAUUAAUCAGUAUUUAACCUCAUAGAUUGUUAGUUAAUUGAAUAAAAUUAUCUACCAUAUACUAG